GCUCAUUUAUCAUCCAAAGAAAGAACCACACUUUUUAUAAGUUAAAGUUGAUAAAAUCAUGUCGAACUUGCAACAAUCGUACAAUGCUGGGCAGACCAGGGGCCAAGCUAACGAGAAGGCCGAGCAAUGGACUAAAUCAGCCAAGGAAACUGCACACAACGCUUGCGACAAGACUGCUAACGCAGCUCAGUCCACCAAAGAAUCUGCCCAGCACGGGCAACAACAAGCCUCUGGUUUCAUCCAACAAACCGGAGAGUCGGUGAAGAAUAUGGCUCAGGGUGCGGUUGAUGGUGUCAAGAACACUCUUGGAAUGAAUGAGAAGAAGAAAUGA